GAAGUCGCGCGUGACUCGUCGGUUUCUCGGCGUCGGCGCUUGCUGUGUGCGUCACUUCCGGGCGGCGCGGAACGGAGUGGUUAACGGCCUGUAGAGCACCAUGCCCAAGUUUUAUUGUGACUACUGCGAUACAUACCUCACUCAUGACUCUCCGUCUGUGAGAAAGACACACUGCAGUGGUAGGAAACACAAAGAGAAUGUGAAAGACUACUAUCAGAAAUGGAUGGAAGAGCAGGCUCAGAGCCUGAUUGACAAAACAACCGCUGCAUUUCAACAAGGAAAGAUACCUCCGACUCCAUUCUCUGCUCCUCCUCCUGCAGGGGCAAUGAUCCCACCUCCUCCUAGUCUCCCGGGUCCUCCUCGCCCUGGUAUGAUGCCAGCACCUCAUAUGGGAGGUCCGCCCAUGAUGCCAAUGAUGGGUCCUCCUCCUCCUGGGAUGAUGCCAGUGGGACCUGCUCCUGGAAUGAGGCCACCUAUGGGAGGCCACAUGCCAAUGAUGCCCGGGCCCCCAAUGAUGAGACCACCUGCCCGUCCCAUGAUGGUACCCACUCGUCCAGGAAUGACUCGACCAGACAGAUAAGGAGAGAGGGGAGCCUCUUUCUAUCGUUUUAUAUUACUUGUUCUACUUCACCAGGAGAUCAUGGUGCUGUGACUCUGGGUGUUUUCUGACAGCCUGACAAGGAAGACUUGCUCCCUAUCCCAUCAAAGAGAGAAUCGUUUUGGAGGGGAGUGGUGGGACAAAAAAAGCAGCGGUUUUCAUUUGUAUUGUGAAAUGUGAAAAUAAAAUUGUCAGCUCUUUUAGUUAAAAA